GUCUGUGUGUACGUGUGUGUGUGUGUCUGUGUGUGUACGUGCAUGUGUGUGUGUACGUGUGUGCGUGUGCGUGUGUAGAAUGGUGCUGGAGAGCAGCAGUGUUGCAGUCACAGCCCAGUCCCUGGAUCUACACAGCAGCUGCGGCCGAUCGUGUCAGCUCCAGCCCACGCCCGAUGCCGUCGACCCCUCCCCGCCCAGCAAGGACGUCAAAUACGGAGAGGUCAUCGUGCUGGGGUACAACGGGUCGCUAGGCAACGGGGACAGAGGUCGACGGCGUAGCCGAUUAGCGCUGUACAAGAGGCCUAACGCCAACGGUGUCAAACCGGACCUGGUACACAUCACCUCGACGCCCCUGGUCACCAAGGCCUUGAGCAACAUGGGGCAUCACAGCGUGUCGUACACACUCUCCCGCAGCCAGUCCGUCAUCGUGGAGUACAGUCACGACAACAACACAGACAUGUUCCAGAUUGGCCGCUCCACGGAGACGCUGAUCGACUUUGUGGUGACGGACACGGCUCCCAGCUCGCCGGGUGGCGGUGGUGCGGUGGUCGGCGUAGGCUGCGGCGUUGGCUGCGGCGUUGACGGCAUUGGGGGCUGCGUGGGUGUCGGCUGCGGGGGCGUGGGCGGGGGCGUGGGCGUUGGUGGGGGUGUUGGCGGCGAGUCUCCGGCGCUGCAGAGCACCAUCUCCCGCUUCGCCUGCCGCAUCACCUGCCAGCGCUCGCAACCCCACACCGCCCGCGUCUACGCUGCCGGCUUCGACUCCUCCAACAACAUCUUCCUCGGGGAACGUGCGGCCAAGUGGCGGACCUCAGAUGGGCUGAUGGACGGUUUGACCACCAACGGGGUGCUGGUCAUGCACCCGGCUCACGGCUUCACCCACGACUCGACCCCCGGACCCUGGCGCGAGAUCUCCGUGUGCGGGAAGGUGUACGCUCUACGGGAAACUCGUUCCGCACAGCAGCGGGGAAAGCUGGUGGAGAAUGAGUCUAACGUUCUGCAGGACGGUUCUCUGAUCGACCUGUGCGGGGCGACGCUGCUUUGGAGGAGUCCGCAGGGCCUGGACCAGGCCCCUACGCUGAAGCAGCUGGAGUCGCUGCGGAGGGAGGUGAACGCAGCACGCCCGCAGUGCCCGGUGGGCCUGAGCACGCUGGCCUUCCCCAGCCUGGCCCGGCGCGAGGGGGUGGACAAGCAGCAGCCCUGGGUGUACAUGAGCUGUGGCCACGUGCACGGCUACCACGACUGGGGCUGCCGCAAGGAGUGCGGAGAGAGGGGCGGGGGCCCGGAGGAGAGGGAGUGCCCCCUCUGCCGGCGAGUGGGGCCCUACGUCCCACUGUGGAUGGGCAGCGAGGCGGCCUCCUACCUAGACGCCGGCCCCCCCACCCACGCCUUCUGCCCCUGCGGCCACGUCUGCUCCGCCAAGACUGUGAAGUAUUGGUCGCGGGUCCCUCUGCCACACGGAACCCACGCCUUCCACGCAGCCUGCCCGUUCUGUGCCACCUGGCUGACCGGGGACAAGGGCCACGUCCGCCUCAUCUACCAGGGCCCGCUCGACUGAACUCUGACCUCCAACCUCCCAGCUUGACCCCCUCCACCCCCUAGAGGACUGUAGUUAUGCAAAAAAACCCCUGUCGUUUUUUUUUAAAGAAAUAAAAUGAAAAGAAGUAAA